UGUUUUCAAACUUUCCGGUGGCUUGAUCCACAAUGGUGGUGGUGUUUCUGCUCCUCCUGCUCCAUUUCUCCGACAAGAUGUAGGAGAGAGAUUGAAUGUCUGUUUACUAUAAAAUAAAUGUUCGAUUUGCUGCAAUUCACGAUAAAUUGUCUUUUCUUUUUCUAUUAAUCAGAUCAGCAAUUUUUUAUUUAUUUAUUUUUAUAAAUCGGGAAAGAGUUCAUACCUCACCUCCGGCUUUGUAGCCUGUAAACUUCGCCGGCCGGCCGGAGACAGAUUAAUAAGAAUUGCUCUCAUGGGUUUGAUUUAAGUUCAGUCUUUGAUAAUGGGGAGCAAUCAAAAUCAAAAUCCUACUUCAAGAUCGAAACUUGCUGAUCUCGUCCGUCAAUACACAACGAAAGUGACGAGACACCCGAAAACCAAUCAAGUUCACGCCUUGAACCCGCCGGAAACUGCCUCAGGCGGUGGCAGGAAGCUGACAAUCAGCUCCGUUCUGUCCAGCCCAAACGAUAUCAUUUCUCUCCCUAAUAACACAGAUCCUCUUCUUUUUCCUCUUCCCACUACAAAUCUCCUAGAACCUCAAAUCGACCCGUUUCUCAAACCUCUAGAUUUCAUCAAUACAUUAGCCGAUAUUCACCGCCGUCUAGAGACAUGUUCAGUCUCCGACAAAUCAUCAAUAUGUCUGGAACAGUACAGUCUCUUGCGUGGUGUUGGCGAUCCAAAGCUCCUUCGACGCUGUCUCAUUGCGGCUAGACAUCACGCCGGCGACGUUCACUCUAAGGUUGUACUUUCAUCCUGGCUCCGGCACGAGAGGAGAGAAGACGAACUUUCUGGGAUUUCAACAAUGAAAUGUAUUGGCAGAAUCCUAGAAUGUCCCAAAGCUGCUCUAUCAAAUGGGUAUGAUCACAAUUCAAUCCAUGAUCGUUGCACUUGUUGUCGUCAUUCAGAUGAUGGUAAGAUCGAAAUCCCAUCAUUCACCGAGAAGCCAUUUGUGAAUGAUAUCUCCUUAAUCGUUGAAAAGGAGGAAAUAUUUUGUAACAGAGAGAAAAUCGCUAGUCUUUCGACCCCAUUGAGAGGGAUGCUGUGUGGCGAUUUUAUUGAAUCGAAAAUGAAAAAGAUUGACUUUUCGUUUGUUGGUAUAUCUGUAAAGGGAAUGAGAGCAGUAGAGAUGUUCAGUAGAACAAGGAGACUGAACAAUAACCCAUCUGACUCACCCAAUUUAGUUCUUGAGCUGCUAUCUUUCUCUAAUAGGUUCUGCUGCGAUGAAUUGAAGACAGUUUGUGAUAAUUAUCUUGCAUCAAUGGUUUCCACCAAAGAGGAAGCAUUGAUCCUCAUUGAUUAUGGAUUGGAGGAGUUUGCAACCCUUCUUGUUGCUUCAUGCUUACUCGUUUUACUAAGGGAGCUACCGGGUAUCCUCUACAAUCCUGCGGCACAGAGAAUACUAUGCGGAUCCGAAAUUGUAGAGAGGUUAGCCAUGGCUGGACAUUCCUCUUUCUUAUUAUACUAUUUCUUAACCCAAGUCGCCAUGGAAGAAAGCAUAACUUGGGACGUCACAUUAAUGCUCACCAAAUGUUUAAAAGAAUGCGCCACAGAGAAUUGGCAGAAGUCACUUGCAUUUCACCAACUCGGGUGUGUUUUUCUCCAUCGGAAGGAAUAUAAACACGCCGAGCUUUGGUUCAAUGCAGCCGCGGAAUUGGGCCACGUUUAUUCCAUUGCAGGAAUAGCGAGAACCAAACACAGACAAGGACAGAGGUUUUCGGCCUACAAGAUUAUUAAUUCACUCAUCUUUGACAACAAAGGUGUUGGUUGGAUGUACCAAGAAAGAUCCUUGUACAAUGUUGGGAUCAAGAGGAUUUUGGAUUUGAAAACGGCUUCGGAUUUGGAUCCAACUCUUGAAUUCCCGUACCAGUUCAGGGCGGUGGCGAUGCUGGAGGAAAACGAGGUUGAAUCCGCCAUUUCAGAGAUAAAUAAGAUUAUAGGAUUCAAAGUUUCGCCAACUAGCCUUGAAUUGAGGGCUUGGUGUUACAUGGCACGUAAAGAUUAUGAAUCCGCCCUUAGAGAUAUUCGAGCUCUUCUAACAGUGGAACCCGAAUACAUUAUGCUUAAUGGGAAUGUGAAAGGGUGUGAUUUAUUUAACCUGCUUAACCAACAUCAUAUUGAGAGUGGUUGGAACGUUGGUGAGUGUUGGAUGCAACUAUAUGAUCGUUGGUCGGCAGUUGAUGAUAUUGGCUCACUGGCCGUUAUACAUAAAAUGCUCCAAAAUGGAAAUGGAAAUGGAAAAAGCUUUAUGUGGUUUCGCCAAUCGUUGCUUCUUCUCAGGUUAAACUGUCAGAAAGCAGCUAUGCGCAGCUUGAGAUUGGCUCAAAACCAUGCUGCUUCGGAUCAUGAUAGACUCGUUUAUGAAGGCUGGAUUCUAUAUGACACAGGACAUAGAGAAGAGGCGCUCUCAAGAGCUGAAUUGUCAAUUUCAAUUCAGAGGUCGUUUGAAGCGUUUUUCCUCAAAGCAUAUGUUUUAGCAGAUGCGGCUGCUGCUGCUCUUGAUCCCGAGACAUCGUCUCUUGUUGUCGCUCUAUUGGAGGAAGCUCUCAAGUGCCCUUCAGACGGUCUUCGCAAAGGACAAGCAUUGAAUAAUCUGGGAAGCAUUUAUGUGGAUUGUGGCAAGCUUGAUCUCGCGGAAGACUGCUAUUUAAACGCUCUCAACAUCAAACAUACAAGAGCUCAUCAAGGACUUGCACGGGUGUAUCAUCUCAAGAAUCAAAGAAAAUCAGCUUAUGAAGAAAUGACAAAACUUAUAGAAAAGGCACAUAACAAAGCUUCGGCUUAUGAGAAGAGAUCUGAAUAUUGCGAACGCGAAUUGGCUAGUCCGGAUCUCUAUAUGGCAACACAAUUGGAUCCUUUCAGGACUUAUCCUUACCGGUUUAGGGCAGCAGUGUUGAUGGAUGACCAAAGAGAAGCCGAAGCUGUGGAUGUGUUGACAAAAGCCAUAGCAUUCAAACCCGACCUGCAGAUGAUAAAUCUCCGGGCAGCAUUCUACGAAUCAAUAGGACAAAUGGCCCUUUCAAUCCGUGAUUGUGAGGCGGCUCUUAGUUUAGACCCGACCCACAAAGACACUAUUGAUAUGUACAAUAGAACGCGAACUCAAUUCGAGAAAAGGCAAACAUGAGCCGUUGGAUCACACCUACUGAUAACGAAGUGCAGCAGAUAGGAGGCCAGGGUUUGUAUGUAUAGUGAUUCAUUUUGUUUAUUGUGAUAUAUUACUGCGUUUUAUAGUUAGUUGUUGUAUAUUGUCACAUUGUGAGCAAGAAUAUUGCUUUCUAGUUUGAUAUCAA